AUGAUAAAUGUUUUUAGCUACUUGCACUCAGCAUUCUCCCCACCUAUUGCCCAUGGAAACUUGAAGGCUGCCAAUAUUCUUCUGGAUGAGAAUUUGAUGCCUUGUCUUUCUGACUGUGGCGUGGCUACUUUGAGACCACUGGGGAGCAUUCAGGCUACCGAGGCUCUUAUUGAUGUAGGUUACCCGUCACCUGACCAUGGCAAAGCAGGAGAGAGCAGCAGAAAGAGAGAUGUGUGUGCCUUUGGGGUACUGCUUCUGGAAAUAUUAACGGGAAGAAAAGCAUUCUAUGGGAAUGCAUGUUAUGUUGAAGGUGGCAUCGUGUUAAGUUGA